AAAAUGUAUCUGAUACUAGAAAUAGCAGAAUUCAUAAUCGGAAUGCUGAAGAAUGUGUUCUUUGAACUGAAAAAUUGUUCUGAAUUGAUCAAAACUCCAAAGAUCUCCUUAGGUGACUUCAUCCUCACCUGCUUGGCUGCCUCUAGAAUCAGAUGUCUGUUGGUGGUAUUGGUUGAUUCAAGUGUAGCAGAAACUGUCUCCAUAUUUCUAUGACACUUGUAAACAAUAAAAUCUAGUGAUGGACUUUGGUGAGUGACUGAUUAUGUGACCUGGCUUGUCACUUGUCUCAGCAUUUUCUACUUCCUCCAGAUAGCCCACUUCUGUUUCCUUUUCCUCUGACUGAAGUGGAGAGAGGAUAGAAUGUUUCUCGUACUUCUUACUAUUUCUUUGUUCCCACUGACUUUUGAUUUUCUUACUGCUAGAAACUGGCUAAUAGCUAGUUGAAUAUCUGUGAUAGAUCAAAGCAAUCUGACUUAAUAUUCUGAUGAAAGUAAACUCUUGAUGCUAAAAGUAACUCUUUUUAGCUUGACCGAUUUGAUCCACUUUGUUCUGUCACUGGCCUCAUUGUUUUUUUUAUUUCUGUCCUUGGUGAGACAUACCGGCAAUCGGGAACUCAGCUCCCCAGACUCUGGGGACCCAAGCUCCUUAAUGAAGUUGUCUUUCUUACUUCUCUUCAUAAUUCACUAUUUUUUCAUCCAAAUGGCACACUGGAAUUUUAUGCUUCAGAAGAACAAGUUCAUUAAGUUUGUUAUGUUAGUAUUAAAUAUCUUCCCCUCAGGUCAUUCAUCUAUUCUUAUUCUGGGAAACAGCAAGUUGUGACAGACAGCCUUGAGGGGCCAGCUAUAUGAAGCCCUGCAUCCCCAUUGUCCUGAUAACGAGGCCUUUCUGGGGGGCUCACCAGCAGCCAUGCCACAUGUAAGAAGAGCCACUAGCAACACUUGUGUUGGCAGGCCCAUGCCUCUCGGAGAAGAAAGACUGACAUGA